AAUCUCUCGCCAAAACAUACCCUUGCUCUAGCCUCAUACACUCCGCCCGUCAACCCCAGCUUCUCCGCGCCGACGACAACCAAGCGCACCUUACCACUGCUGUCACCUCCACUCCUACCGCCGCCCCACCGCCGCCCCGCCGCCGUCUGCUCAUCGCCUUCUCGUCUGCCGCGCGAAUGCGACUAACCCUUGCCAAUUCGCACAACCGCCAUGGAGGGCUUCGAUACCACCACCAUGUCGUACCUAGCGACUCCAAUGCUCAUGCAGAACGUUCCUGGGCCUGAUCAGCCCAUGGCGAUCCCCAUGGCCCCGCUCGACCAGUACGACCAACGCUCUGUGUUUGACAAUGAAACAUUUGCCGGAAGCGAAGAUGCCUUCUCAGUCACUCAAUACCACAUGCAGCGCCCGGCGCCACCUCUCAGACGUUUCCCGAGCACAUACGAAGAUCCCUUUUCCGACGUUCACAGCACUUACGAGCAAUCAAUCCACCCACACGAGCAAAGUGGCGUCCCAGAGAGCCCCAGCAUCGACAGCAACAACAAGCUGCUAAGCUUCUCGUUACCAAGUGUCCCAUACACCGUUCUAGACCUCGGGAUGCAGCAGAGAGUUCAGAUGUCUAUGUCUGCCCAGCUCCAUGGCAUGUUCUUCCUUGCCGAGUCGCCAUGGGCCACGGCUGGCGACGUGCAACCACCACCGACCGAACUGACCUGCUAUCGCCGCAACCUUUUCCAGAUCACGGGCACAGUAACGCUACCGAGAAGCAUGCACGUAAUCCUGACUGACCACGGCGACCAAAUACCCAUACUUGGCCAAGAGCUCACGAUCUCCGCAACGGAGUCUCUCGAAGGUAAUUCGGUCAAAAUCAUCUCGGUGCCGUGGAAAACGCCCGCUACAAAUACAGUUCCCAUUGAAGACAAGACAGAGAAAGAGCCCCCCACAUAUCCUCUGGACCUAUCAACUGGCCAGGACAUGGACAGCAACUACGUCUCUUUUCCUAUAAGCUGGAAGAGACUGCAGUUUCGCAUAGCGACUGCUAACAACGGGAGAAGAAAAGAACUGCAACAGCACUUCGUAGUGCGCCUGAAGGUUGUAGCAACACUCGCCAAUGGCGCCAAAGUACCUUUGUGUGAGAUUCAUUCAAGUGCAAUAAUCGUUCGUGGUAGAAGCCCCAGGAACUUCCAGUCGCGCAAAGACAUGCCCAUCAGUGGUGGAACUGCGCAAGCUCGCAAGUCACACCUGCCCCAGCAGCCAAGUCGAACAACUACCGGUGAUACUGCACAGACGAGUCAAAGCCAUGGGCACAGCAAUAUAACAUUAACAGCAAAAGCGGAGAACAUAAUGCAGGUGCCAUACGACUUCAAUGCCAACGAAGCGCCAGUCUCGCCAGACUUUCUGGACUGGAAAGUACCUGGUGGGGGUGCUAUGACAGCGAUACCACCAGAUCCACCGUCGUCUCAGAUGCCUCACGCAACGCCAUAUGCACAGUCAACGCCUGAGGUUUCUAGAAGCGUCCCUCCCCCACAAGCAACUUCAAUAGCGCCUGUCACUCUUUCCCUCAUAGAUGACGAGCCAAAAAAGGCCCCUUCGCCUGUAGAACACGCCAGGAAACGCGCUGCUCCAGCACGGCCGCCUUCUUUCUCUAUUGGCAUUAUCAACAGUCCUGAUGAGAGUGCUGAUCUGCUCUAUGAGUACUUUCCUCUUGGUCUCGAUGACUGGAUGCCGCCUGUCGAUGCCGUUUACCGCCCGCAUGUCGUUCACCACACCAAUUUACCGCAAGAUCCGAAGUCUCUUGAGAUGAAGAGUCGGUCGAAACGGUACUUCGAAGCAUCAGCUUACUGAUACCUUCGGAGCUUGGCAACAACUUAUCGGCGCCAUACGUGUGCAA